UCACGGAUGACACCCAUGCAAUGGCAUUCCUCUGAAGUGUACACCGUAUUGUGUCACGGGAAACAAUCACCCCAGUUUGAUUUUCUACUUCUUAAGGUAACUGCAGAGAGCUUACAUGGCGAUUUUCUGCAACCCUUCUCAUCAGAAGUUGCUCUUGUCGAAGUGUUAACUUCUGUGGAUGGCCUGGACGUCUCUGUGAGAUGGUAGUAGUUCCAUCUUUGUUAAAUUGCUGUGUCAAUUUUGCUACAGUAUUCUGACUGAUAAGUAAAGCUUUGCUGAUCUUUUUGUAGCCUUCACCUUUCUUGUGUAAAGAAAUUAAUUUCUUUCUCAGCCCUUGUGACAU